AAGUCUUUCUAAUUACAUCAGAAAGAGACAAAGAAUCUGUCUCCUUGUUCACAAUCAAGUGCUCAACAAAACAAUUAUUAUCCAGUUUUCUCUUCAUCUCUUCCUGAUUCUAGUUAAUUAAGAAUUAACUUAUUCCACCAGUGCCCAUGGGUAAUUGACUGGAUACAUGAUUUCCAUUGUUUUUAAUUAGACCGUAACUUAAUUGGAAUCCAAAAGUGAAUCAAUUUUCAAUCUGUAUUGAUCGGUGUUGAUUGGUGGUGGAAAAAUGUCAAAGAAACAAAGGAUUGGAAAUAAAAAUGGACUCCGAUCACCAAGCUCUUCAUUCAUUUCAAUAAAUCAGAUAAUCUUGACGGCGAUUUCUGGCAUUUUAUUUUACUUCUCAAUUGAUAGUAGAUUAAGUGACCGAAGCAAAGAGUUGAAACUAUUCGAUUCGUUUAAUGGUCCAUUUGCCGAGAACAAUGACCUGUUCGAUGUCGAUAAAGUCUUCACUGACCAUCUACCUGGACCUGAAAGCCUGGCAAGUUACAAAGGUGAUUUUUACACGGGAACUAAAGAUGGAAGAAUUGUUCGAAUCCAUGGUUCUAAUAAAUUGUCCACGGUAAUUUCACUUGGACCUGAUUCUUGCCUUGGAAAAGUUAACAUUAAAUCUUGUGGUCGACCUUUGGGUGUCCGUAUCACUUCAUCGGGCGAUUUGUAUACAGUAGACGCACUGAAUGGCCUGAUAAAAGUGAUCAACAUCGACGGAUCCUCAGGGCAACCAGAAUCCAAAAUCCUCUACGAUAUUGACGUACCAGUGAAUGGAAAUUCAAGCGUUUUUCUUGACGAUCUAGUUGUCGAUGAUAGAUCACCGGAAGAUCGAAUCAUCUACAUGACUGAUGCUAGCACUUUAUGGAAUAUUAAUGAAGCUGUACCCUUAAUCAUGGAUAUGGACGAUUCAGGGCGAAUCUUGAAAUUCUCUGAAUCAACUGGUAGAGUUGAAGUUAUUCUCGAUAAGCUUGCUUUUCCAAAUGGUAUCGAGCUAACCGAUACAAAAGAUGCUCUAUUGAUCGGUGAAUUUACUGCUCGUCGAUUGUUGAAACAUUACAUUGAUGGGCCUAAAAAAGGCACUACUGAAGUGCUACUAGAUUUACCCGGUGAACCCGAUAACAUCCGUCGAUCAGCUCGUCGAGAUGCCGAGACUUAUUGGGUUGCAAUCAGUGCUCCAAGAACCAAAUUAUCAUCGUUAGCGUACGAUUUUUACUCGGAUAAACCAAUUAUGCGAAAAAUAGUAAUCACAUGUUAUCAAUUGAUUGGAAGUACAAUCGAAAAUUUUGGAGAAUUAUUUGGCUUUGAGAAACUAGUCGAAAAUGGUCUAAGCAUUAAAACACUUCAACCUUUUUGGGAAACGUAUCACCGAUCUUUGGUGAUCGAAAUUGAUGCCAAAGGAAAUGUAAUCAGAAGUUUGUAUUCCAAUGAUGGUUACAUUCAUUCAAUCUCUGAGGUCAAUGAUGAAAUUAUGGAAAAUGGUCAACAUAUCAUUCGCCUUGGGUCCUAUGCAAAUGAUUAUCUUGGAGUUCUCACUCUCAGCACUUAAAAAUUGAGUAAACAAUUAACUCAUUGGAUGAAUACAUGUUACAAUCAACAGUACAAUCUAUUUUCUUAAUCAUAUAAAAUGACUCUUUGAAUUUUGUAAUUUACAUCAAUUUAUUGGUGUUGAAAAUGAUGCAUUUUUAAAUGUGAACCCAAAAAACUUUGCUUAUUUUUUUCUUCAUCACAUUUAACUGUAACUUGGUGCUUAAUUAUGUUCUCAGCUUACUAAUCACUUGCAUCAACUCAUAAGAAGAAAAGUGAGAAAUUGAAAAUUUGCUUGGUUCUAAUUCUUUAUUUAAAUUUAUCAAUCAUAGUAUUGAUAAUAUGUCGAACAAUAUAAAUUAACUUGGAUCAUUUUAAUCAAUGAAAACUUCAAUGAACGGUUGUUUAAUUUUCGUUAAUAGAACAUUUUUCAUAACUGUAAUUAUCACUUUCCUCCGAGAAGGCUGCUGAGUAGUUGACCGAUUGGUUGUGGUUCAGGUUCGGGCUCUGGGUUAGC